CCGAAACGCGACUAUAGCCGGCCGCAAAUGGUUCAGUGGUUCAUAUUCGUUGAAGCUUGUACUUGCACUCUCGGCGCUUUGUAUAGCUUGUGUGCCUCUGCGUAAAUUUUUCCAAUUCCACAUUCUUAUUUUUGUCUUGACAACCUUCCUCUAAUACACGGGUAGCUGGCUCUAAUUUGCUUUGGAGAAAGCCUGUUGAGACCAUACGUUGUUUGUGCUGUUUCAGUUGUUGCUGAUAAUCCUUGAGCAUAUCACGUGUUUGUUCCUACGACUAGGUAAACGGGUGCGUUAAGUUGCUUGCUUGUUUCGUUUUCUCUACACUAAGAGUUCUAUCGGUGUGUGUUAAAUAUUUGCACAUCAUAUACAUUAAACAGUAAUACAGUAUAAAACGCAACCAUUGUAUGGCUCUCUCGCGAUUACGAAUACGAGUACUUUGUAAGGAGGGUGAAGGCAGUUGGUCGACAUACUGCUAAAAACAGACUUCAAAUAAUACUCUUUGUCUUGGCGUGUCUUUAAUCACCAGCAGCUGAAAAACUUGAAGAGCUUCUAAAAAUGUCUAAAAAGAUGACUAAGUAUACUCAAGAACGUAUGUUAUUAAAACACAAGCCACGAAAAAUUUUAAAUUUAGAAGAGCGUGUGCAGGCUAUACGCAUGUACGAUGAAAUACCGAUUUAUCAGCGAGUCGCGUUGGCCUUCAAAUGCAGUUGGGAGCAAAUAAAAACCAUUAUUGCAAAUCGAAAAGAAAUUUUGAAAUAUUAUGCCAGCUGCCAAAUAAUCGAUGUUAUCAAAGAUGAUCCGAAAGUUGUUCGGCAUAAGAAAAUCAACUUUUUAGGCAAUUGUAUGUAUGAGUAUAUAAAGCGGGCACAUUUUCAUCGCUUAAUGAAAAUAACGGAUGAUGUAAUUAGGGAGAAGGCUUUGGAAUUUCGUGAUAUUAUAAAAAUUGAGAAAUUCUAUCCAAAUCGAGCAUGGAUUACAGAUUUCAAAUCGGUAUUUAAUAUUGAUUUAGAGCAAAUCAAUCAAAUUAUAAUUACGCGUAAACCGCCAAGAUCAUUAAGUUGCCAAGAUAUAAUAGCGUAUUGUGCCAAAGAAGUGGAUAAUGCUUUGUCUUCUAAGCCGGGCAGUUCCAAAAAUCCUAUAAUACCGGAAAAUGAUAAAAACACAAUUGAAAUAAAUGACGAUAAUGAACAAAGUAAAGGACAUAAAUUGGAUUAUUGUGAAAACGAUGAAGAAGAAUUCGAUGACAUAGACGAUGAUGAGGACGAUGAAGAAAUUUUCAAUGAACACGAGGAGGGACCGACAAUUGAUUUUAGCAAUUACACCGAAGAUUUAGAGACGAACGAAGACGUAAAACCAAAUCUUAGCGAUUUGCCUCCUUAUACUGAAGACGAAAAGAAAACAAUCAAAAUACCGACGACGACGACAACUUCAUUAACAACAACACCAAUAGCAACAAAGGAAACGGCCACCGCAAUAUUAAGGCAAUUGUUAACGGAAAAUGAAAUCAAACAAGAGAAGCCGGACAAGGCUGAUAAUAAAACUUCCAGUACCUCCACGCAAAGCCAACAACAGAUAGCGCCAAAACGGUUAUGCACUUCCACUAGUACAAUAACUAAUUAUCAAGAGGCUUUGGAGUUCAUGCGCCCACUAGAGGACUUCGCUUUAGCGCAAGAAGAUUUUAAAGCCAUUAAUUUAUUAAAUCAAUUAGCCCAACUCUACGAAAAGUCGACAAAACGUAAACGCUUUCAUUAGCUACGCUCACGCCAUGCAUAAUAGUUUUUGUUUUAUAAUAAAUGUCAUAACUGUACUAACACCUAUUUGUAUCCUUUUUUUGCGCUAUUUUUUUUUU